AUGGCUAAAGUAUACGUCGGGUCAGUUUUUUUACCUUACCGUAUCAUCAUCGCGCGCCUCGCUCUCUUGAAACUUGUGUAUAGCAAUUUGAGCUGGAACACCAAUGAUGAAACGCUCCGUCAAGCUUUCAGUGAACAUGGAACUGUGACCGAUUCUAUCGUCAUGCGUGACCGGGACACUCAACGUUCUCGUGGUUUCGGUUUUGUAACCUUCAGCACAAGCCAAGAAGCUGAGGCAGCUAUUGCCGCACUUCAUGAGCAAGAAUUGGAUGGUCGUCUCAUCAAAGUGAAUAUCGCUAAGGUUCGUGGAGGCGGAGGAGGCGGCGGAGGAGGCUAUGGGGGAGGAUACAGUGGAGGUGGAGGUGGCGGCGGUUAUGGUGGUUAUCAAGGCGGUGGUGGUGGUUACCAAGGUGGUGGAGGUUACAACGGUAGUGGUGGUGGAGGAUAUAGCGGUGGAAGCGGAGGAUAUCAAGGUGGAGGAUACAGCGGUGGUGGAGGCGGAUACAGUGGUGGUGGAGGAGGCUACCAAAGUGGUUAG